UUGACUAGCACCGUCACUAAAAAUAGUAACAAACACAAACAUCCUUCGAAUUCAUCAAACACAAACAUCCUUUGAAUUCAUCAAACACAAUACUAUGGUUUUUUUUAUUCUAGCUAGUGGCAUAAUCACAAACAACAUAUAUACAAUUGUUUUAAAUUGCAUUGGUUAACAUUAACAUUAUUACUACCAAUAUGUCACCCAAUAUAAAAAAAACAUGAACAAAUUAGGAGUUGAGUAAGAACACAUGAAUCCAUGUAGUGUCUCCCCUUGAUCCUUUUAAUGAUGAAGAUGUUUGGUUUAAUGUCUCGUGGUCGUCACAAUGAGAAUGACAUUGACAAUGACAAUGACAACGAAAAUCAAAACAAAGAAGAGGCUGGUACCAGCCAAUAUAGUCUCACCGGAAUCAUUCUUCCAUCGCUCGGCGCCACCAACUCCAUCGGUGGCAGCCGGAAACAUCUUCGCGGUCACAUCAUCUCCCCAAACAACUAUACGUAUCGACAAUGGUGCAGCUUUUUGAUGAUAUGGGUUUUGUACACAGCAUGGGUGUGUCCUUUUGAAUUUGGGUUUCUUGAGAAAUCAAAGGGUGCACUUGCUAUAGUAGACAACAUUGUGAAUACAUUGUUUCUGGUUGACAUUAUUAUAACCUUCUUUGUUGCCUACAUUGACAAAUCAAGUUGCCUACUCGUCGACGUGCCGAGUAAAAUUGCUACCAGAUAUUUGUCUUCCUGGUUCAUACUUGAUAUGGUCUCUGUCAUUCCUUAUGAGCUUAUUCAUGCUGUAUUGCCAUCUCCAUUCAAUGCAUAUGGUUUGUUAACUAUUUUUCGCCUUUGGCGCCUUCGUAGAGCUGGUGAAUUGUUUUCAAGGUUAGAAAAGGAUAGGAAAUUUAACUACUUUACGGUGCGAUGUAUAAAACUUAUAUGUGUAACACUAUUUUCGGUGCAUGUCGCAGCUUGCUUUUUCUAUUUUCUUGCUAAAUCACAUGGCCAUAAAAAAGUUACAUGGCUUUCACUUGUCUCAAAUGGUGACAGCCUAAGUUUGUGGGAUGGUUAUGUAACAUCAAUUUAUUGGGCCAUAGUGACUCUUUCAUCAGUUGGUUAUGGAGAUUUGCAUCCUAUAAAUGUUGGUGAAAUGAUAUUUGACAUUUUCUAUAUGCUAUUCAAUUUUGGACUCACUGCAUAUCUUAUAGGAAACAUGACCAAUUUGGUUGUUCAUUGGACAGAUAAAACUAAGAGAUAUCGAGAUACUGUCCAAGCUGCAUCAAAUUUCGCUCACAGGAAUCGGUUACCGGUUCGUUUACAAGAACAGAUAUUUGCUCAUUUUCAUAUGAAGUACAUAACAAAUUUAGAAGGAUUGGAGCAACAAGAGAUAAUUGAUUCGCUUCCGAAAGCCAUUCAGUCAAGCAUUGCGCACUAUCGAUUCUUCGAACAUAUCAAAAAAGUAUACUUGUUUCGAGGUGUGUCGGAUGACCUACUAUUUCAACUGGUGACAGAGGUUAAGGCUGAGUUUUUUCCUCCAAAAGAAGAAGUGAUCUUGCAGAAUGAAACACCAACAGAUUUUUAUAUAUUGGUUAAUGGAGCUGCUGAUAUUAUCUUUCAUAGGGAUGGAGUAGACAAGGUUCUUGAUGAAACAUUUACAGAUAGAGUUUUUGGAGAAAUAGGAGUCUUAUGUUAUAGGCCACAACUUUAUACGGUUCGUACCAAGCGAUUAAGCCAGACUUUGCGUUUGAGUCGAACAACAUUUCUAAACCUUGUUCAUAACAAUGUUGGAGAUGGAACAAUAAUCAUGAACAAUUUUCUUCAGCAUUUGCAAAAAUCAAAUGAUUCAACAAUGGUAGGAGUAAUGACUGACAUAGAGACAAUGUUGGCUAAAGGCAAAAUGGAUUUGCCUAUAAGUUUAAUAUUUGCAGCUUCCAAAAGUGAUGAUAUUUUGUUGCAUCAAUUGCUGAAGAAGGGUUCAGAUCCAAAUGAAAUAGAUAGUAAAACUGGAAAGACACCAUUGCAUAUUGCAGCUUCUAAAGGAAAUGAUCAUUGUGUGGUUUUGCUUCUUGAAUUUGGUGCUGAUCCCAACAUUCAAGAUUCAAAUGGAAUUAUACCACUAUGGGAAUCAAUUAUGGGUAAGCAUGAAUUAGUAACAAAACUACUUAUGGACAAUGGUGGAGACAUAUCAUCAGCUGAUGUAGGUCGUUUAGCAUGCUAUGCUGUUGAGAAAAAUGAAAUAAAAUUACUCAAAAGUAUUGUUGAAUGUGGUGGUGAUGUGAAUAAGCCCACAAAUAAGGGAACCACAGCACUUCAUGCUGCUGUUUGUGAUGGAAAUGUUGAAAUGGUUAAAUUCCUUUUAGAACAAGGUGCUGAUAUUGAUAAACAAGAUGAUUUUGGUUGGACUCCAAGAGCUUAUGCAGAACAUCAAUGUCAUGAAGAGAUACAAAAUAUUUUUAAAAAACUUGGAAAUGAGGAUAAUUUGUCAUAUGUUAUUCCUCCAAUGCCAAAUAAAAAUAAUAAUGGAGGGGGUUUUAUUGGAAAAUGUCCAAGUGAACCUUCUAUGGUAGCUAUGCCUCAAGGUAGUGGUAACUUGCCACCUAAUCAAGAGUUGACAUGGUUGGAUACUCAUAAGAGAAGAAGGAGUAACCCUUUUCAUAAUUCAUUAUUUGGAAUGUUGUCAGCUGCUACUAGAGGUAAAGAUAAAAUUGAAUCCUCUACAUCUCAAAGCAGUUUCACCACAUCAACAAGUAUGAGUGAAUUACCAAUUAGAGUAAUGCUUAGUUGUCAAGGAAAAGAUGAACAUGCUAAGAAACUUGUAUUUCUACCAAAUUCUCUUCAAGAGUUGCUACAUCUUGGUGCUAAAAAGUUUGACUUUUCUCCCACUAAAAUUUUGACUGAAGAUGGAGCUGAAGUUGAAGACAUAAGCUUGAUAAGAGAGGGUGAUACUCUUAUUCUUGCAUUAGACUAACCAUUGAAACUACUUGAAUUGGCUCCUAUAUACCCUUUUGUAAAUUUAUAAAUUAGGAUUGUACACAAAUUUUUUACACAAAUAUACAAAAAUAUAGAUGAGAAGAUAAGAGGUAUAUAUUUAUCAAUUAUUUGGUUCAAUCAUAAUGCUUUU